GCCCGGACGCCCCCGGGAGCCUGGCCCGGCCUCCGCCCCGGGGCCUAGAGCCAGCGAGAGAGCGCCGAGCAGGGAGGAGGGCCGAGGAGACCCUCGCGCCCCUUUUCCCGCCUCCUCCUCCGCCCAGGCCGGGCCGGCGCCCGCCUCGCGUCUCCUCCGCGCCGGGGGUGGUGGUGGUGGUGCUGCCGCCCUCCUCCUCCGAGGCGCCCCCGAGAUGCGACCAUGGACUGCCGGAUCAAGGAAAAUCCAGAGAGUACUUUUGAUUUGGUGCUACAGGUAAAAUGCCAGGCUUCUGAAAAUGAAGAUCCUGUGGUUUUGUGGAAGUUCCCGGAGGACUUUGGAGACAAGGAAGUACUUCAGAGUGUACCCAAAUUCUGCUUUCCUUUUGACAUUGCAAGGGUGACCCAGGUUGGACAGCACUUUACCUUUGUGCUUACUGACAUUGAAAGCAAACAAAGAUUUGGAUUUUGCCGGUUAACAUCAGGAGGCAAAGUCUGCCUAUGCAUUCUAAGCUACUUGCCAUGGUUCGAGGUAUACUACAAACUUUUAAAUACGCUGGCAGAUUAUUUGUCUAAAGGACAGGAAGAUGACUUGAAUGACUUGUUAGAAACCUGGUAUACGCAUUCUGUGCCAAAGGCAAAUACUCCGAUCAGCUUAAAUUUGAACAACGAGAUCUUUUUUGCAAGUGAGCAAGUUUUGAAAAAUCAACCUUGUUUAAUGGCGCAAUCGUAUUUCAUUACUCCUGAUCUAACUGGAUUACCAACAGUACCUGAAAGUAGAAAUCUUACUGAAUAUUUUGUUGCUGUGGAUGUGAACAACAUGCUGCAACUUUAUGCCAGCAUGUUGCAUGAGAGACGCAUCAUUAUUACCUCCAGCAAACUAAGCACUUUAACUGCUUGCAUUCAUGGGUCAUCCGCAUUGCUAUAUCCAAUGUACUGGCAACACAUAUACAUCCCAGUGCUCCCUCCACAUCUGCUGGACUACUGCUGUGCACCCAUGCCAUACUUGAUUGGAGUUCACUUCAGUUUAAUGGAGAGAGUGAAAAGUAAAUCACUGGAGGAUGUGGUGAUGCUAAACGUUGACACAAACACUUUGGAAACUCCAUUUAAUGACCUGAGCAACCUACCAAGUGAAGUGGUCUCGGCCUUGAAAAAUAAACUGAAGAAGCAGUCCACAGCUACCGGUGAUGGAGUAGCCAGGGCCUUCCUGAGGGCACAAGCAGCGUUAUUUGGAUCCUACAGAGAUGCUCUAAGAUACAAACCAGGUGAGCCUGUCAGUUUCUGCGAAGAAAGUUUUGUCAAGCAUCGUUCCAGCACUUUUAAGCAGUUUUUGGAAACUGCAGUGAACCUUCAACUUUUUAAACAGUUCAUUGAAGGUCGACUUGCAAAGCUAAACGCAGGAAAAGGGUUUUCUGAUGUGUUUGAAGAAGAAAUCUCUUCGGGUGGCUUUGGUGGAGGAAAUUCUAGAUCAUAUCACCAGUGGAUGUAUACAGUUAAGAAAGGAGGAGCCCUGAUCAACACAGCUAUGACCCGAGCCAGCCCAGCUAUGAAAACAGCAUACCAAUAUGCAAAAAAUCAUGCAAAACAGGGGAUAAAGGAGGUGAGAAGUAAGUUAAAACACAAGGAAACAGAAGAUGAGUAUGGAAUUUGUAGCUCAGGUUUUGUGCAAUAUACUCCAGUCUACACAUUGCAUAAUCCACAAAGACUUAGCACAGAGAAAAGAAGACUUGGGCAGACACGGUUUGGGCAUCUCCAUGCCAAUACAUAUAACCAUGAUCCUGCCUUGGACGACGAUGCGGACGAUGAGAUGGAUGGAGGAAGCAAAUUGUCAUCUGAAGAUAGUGAGGAAACAUCUUGUUGUUUGUAUGACAGUGAUGACUCUGGGGAAGUGGCCAAAACAUCUGUUCCUCCUGGAGAAAUGGACUUGCUAGGAGAGAUUUUGGAUAGUCUGAGUACACACAGUUCGGAUCAAGGGAAGCUCUCAGGAGCAAAAAGCCUGGACUUCUUUCGAUCAAUGGAUGAUAUUGAUUACAAGGCAACGAAUAAAUCCAACACGCCAAGUGAGAGCAAUCUGGCUCUGCUUUGCAGUGGUCGAACGUCUGACCCAGCUGACUGGAAUCUUGGGCAAGAUGACAGCAUCCUCACUGGGAAGCCUCCCCCGUCUCCAAGGAAACGCGUUCCUUCGAUUGGAUACAGUGAAAAUCUCUUUGUGCCAAAAACAGGAAGUCCCGCCCAUAUCCCUAGUGCCGAUGAUGUGAACUUCUUCAAAACUGAUGCAGAAUCUCCAAACCCGUCUCAAGAAACUAUGCAGUUGUGUUCUCCAGGAGUCUUUCAAGUGAAAAAGACUAAGUGGAGCGAAACACUAAGCAGUACCUCAGCAGAUGAGAUACCACCAAACUUGAGCCAGAAUCCAUCCUCUCAGGUUCCUUGGGAGAGAGAAGCCAGAACAGGAAACGAAAUCCUGGAAGAGGGUGGUCUUCUUCACGAAGUGGUGUCUUUGUGUAAAAUGACUUCUGCGUUCAACCAUGGUUUAAACAUUUCAGGGGACAGGUUUUCCAGUAGCAGCGGGAAUAAAGCGUAAUUUUUGUUAAUUUUUAUUUUUGAGGGGAGAAAUAACGCUCCUGACAAAAGACUUAAGGAAGACAACUCAGGAUUCCAUAUCGCAUAGCAAACCAAAACAUCACAGAGGAAGCGACAAACCUUCCGUUUUCCUAACCUUCAUUGUGGUUUGCCUUACAUGCCCAUCUUCUCCCUCUUGCUUUGAACAUAUCUUCGGAACACAUUUCUUUGCUGCAUAAUUUCACAGCAUGGGCCUGGGUUGGGGCGGGUGGGGCCAUAGCUCGGUGUCGGAGAACAUGCUCUGCAUCCCGAGCGGCCCAUGUUCAUCCCCUGACAUCUCCAGGUAGGUCUAAGAAAUGUCUGAAACCCCAGGAAGCUGUUUUCCAUCGGUCUGGACCACAGGUGGGGAGCCUGUGACGUUUGGGCACAUUUCAUGUGGGUGAGUGAGCCCGGAAAGAAGAGAAGGGUGCUUUGCCCACUGCCAAAAUGCACCCUCCCCUAUAGAUUACCCACAAGGGAAUGUGGUGGUCCUUGGAAGUAUUUAGGGGCCCCCAUCUUGGUGUAGACAACACUGAGCUAGUUGGACCCAUAGUUUGACUCAGUAUAUGGCAGCUUCUUGUUCAGCUACUGCAUUCUCAAGUCAAGCUAAUAGUUUGACUCCAUAUUUAAGCUUCAGCUGGUAUUUGGCACCUGCUAGUUUUUACCAUUUCCCCUUUUCCCUUUCCAGAAAGGAACGUAUCUUCCCAGGUAGGCAUUGACUUUUAUUUUGCCGAGCACAAAGUCAACAAAUGCAACAUUGUUCGUCUGGAACUUAUCAAGUCCUGUCAAUCCAUGAUCCAGUUGCCUUAAAGUUUGAGGGACUCGCUAAAAUAAUUGUACAGGAUGAAAUGCAAAUUGUUGGAAAAGAGAUGCCAUGAUUUCACAGCAGUGAAGCGCAUGAACAAAGGGAAAUAUGGGUCGUUUCCAAACCACAGGAACUCAUACGACCAACAGUGGUCACUCAUGUGACCGUGUGUUAUGUAGCAAUGUAGUUACCACACAAGAGCCUGGUUCAAAUGGGAGCCUCUCCCACAUGUUUGUCUUCCUUGGUGAGAGCUGUUUUCACCUAGCCAAGCAAUAGCCAUCAGUAAGAGGAAAGGCCUCUUGAUGUAUUUAUCACCAUAUGAAUUAACUGUUAUUGGUUUGUCUGAAUUUACCCCAAAAUUGGGUCCUUUACCAAGUAGGCACUGUGGCUCCGUCUUCCAAAUUCUGAAAAAAUGGUACUGUGUGUUUUUAAUCUUUUUUGAAGUGCUGAAAUACAAUGUGAAGUUUACAACUUUUAAAAGGUGUUACUCACUGUCAUCAUUUUUGCAUCUUCAGUUUUCUCAAAAGGAAAAAGCUCGAGCGGAACAGGUAGAUUUUUAUUGGCAUAGAAUUUCCACUGUUUUAAUAUUUCUGUGUUACAAUUGAUCUGCCCUACUGGGGUUCAUGCCAAUUUAACCUUCAGAGGUAGUGUUUUAAAGUGAUGUUUAGGACUUGGAUCAUUAUUCGAUGUGCUCCUUGAACAAAUUCUAAUGUUUUCUUUUUUAAAACAAAAAUGAUAUCAGCGGCUGAAAAAUAAUAAUAUAAAGAAAGUAAUUUAACAGUGUAAAUCUGGAAAUCUCUUUCUAGGCCUAAGCAAAGGAAUCAAGGGCCACACACAAUUUCUGAAGCUUAAUCAUAACCUAUAAAAAGAUGCAUCCAAAACAACGUCCCUGCCACCCAGUGGCUAAAAACUGGCCUGCUAUGGGAUGCACCACAAUGCUCACAAAUGGCAACUUUUAAAAGUUGUCUUCCGAAAAGUCUUCUCUUAAAAGCAAACCUUUGGUCCGUAACAUCAGUGUCCAAAGGUGCCUUUCAAAUGAAUGGAACGUUUUGUUAAACCAUUUGGAAGUGGUAUUCCACAUAUUUAUAAAGUGGGUAGUACACUUUUAGGCACUAUACAAGUAACAAUUUAGCGUGGAAUCCCAUCGCAGUGUCCUUUUUCCAGGACCUAUCUGCUUAGAUAGAAGGACCUAUUUUCCCUGUGUUUGUGCUGUUCCCUCCUUCCCCCUCCCGAUGUCUGUGUUUGUCCUUUCAAUUGUCACUGAUGGUGGUUCUAGAUUGCUUGAGUCAAGAGAGUAGUGAUUAGGUGAGGGUAUAUUUAUGUCUCUGUGUACACGUGUGGAUGAAGGUGCAUGUUCCAUAGCCCAGUGCAUACAGGAGCUUCCAAUUCUUCCUUCAUGAAAAGAAAAACUCUAUGCAUAUGGAAACUUCCUAUUACAGCCAUAACGGGUUUCUAUGAGAGUGACAAAAUCCUGCAUGGAUGGUUUCUGAAUCAUAGGGGGUGGGAGGCUGGAGGAGAGAAAACUAAGAAAUGUCUGGCAAAACAUGCAGGUUUUCAGUGACUCACAUUGUCAGUGAAUGUGUUUAGAGUUGCCACGCUAAUGUCAAAUACCGUUUUAUGUAAUUCUUACCGUAACAUGAGUAAUGUGUAGUCUUGUUGAUGAAUCUUUGAAAUGCAACUUCAUUUUGACCCCACUUAAACUGCAAUGUAUGUAGAUUUGCUAGAACUGUUAGCAUUCACGCAUCGUUUAUCACCGAUAAGAUUUUUAGAAGGCUAAUAGUUGUGCCUUACGUUUUUUGCCCUGAAUAGUUGCCAGUUAGCUUUCUUACUGUCAAAAGAACAUUAGACUUGCCAAAUGAAUCAAUUUAUCAAAUAUUUAGUCAGUGUCUACUCUGUUCUCCACUGAUUAUGAUGUAAAAUUCGCAGUCACUCGCAUCUGUAGCAUUUCGAUGUUUACUAUAGCGUCAUAGGAAAACAAGUGGUUCAAUUUCUGCUUCAUUGUCACAUUUCCCCCACCAUAUUCAAUGUUCAUAGGAACUUAUGAAAUCACAGAUUUUAAUAUAGUGCUCACAGACUUCAGGUAACCCUUAAAGUUUCUCAGGAAUCCCAAUUAAGUAAAACUGCUUUGGACCAUUAGAUUCCUUUCUCCACCUACAAAAUUUCAUUGAAAGUUAACCUAGUUAUUUAAGACAAUUCAGUACUAACAGUGCUCUAGCCUUUUUUAGUUGCAAGCAAAGGUGGUCACAUUUUAUUUUAGUAUAUUAAAUUCACCAGAUAUUAAUAUAUUAUUGGAGCUUGCCAUGGUGUUCCUCGGAUGUUUGGGGUCAUUAAGCCCUUUGUUUUAAAUCCCCAAACUUGUAAGUUUCUGACAGCAUCUACAUAUUAGGGGAUCUAGCCACCAAGGACUUUCCUUGACAUUAGCUAUACUCCAAAAUUGGAAAAGGCUAUCACAGUAACUGAUGGAGCUAAUGGAUAAUAAACUGUUCUGCCAUCUCCUUUCCAAACCCUUGAAUACUGCUCAAGAUCAUGAAAAGGCCUUUGCCAAGUUUCGGAAACGAAAGUUGCUUAAACUAGCAGGAGACCUUACGUGUUCUCCUGGAAUUCUGUGCACUGAGAAUGAGCUAGAAUGUUGGUCACAGAUUGUAAACAUUAUGCAAAGAAAUGAAAACCCCGAGAUGACCCAACAUUUUGCAUGGUGUGCUGUUGGAAAUAACAAAAGAAGUCACUUUUUACUGAAACUUGUACUGUUCCCUAGCAUUUCAAAGAGUGAUAUUGCUGCUUUUUGAUCGCUAAGAGUUGGGUUAUCAAAAGCUGUCAGUACUGGCUAACUCUGCUCCCAAAGAUGUCAACAGUAGUUUUCCAAUUGAUUGAAUGUGCAGCCUGCACUGAUGAGCACCUUUGAAAAUGUUAAUUUUCAUUGUUAGAAUAGAUAAAACAAUACAAUCUACCAGAAGAUUCUCCUGCAGAUGUCCCACUGGUGUGAAUUCUUUGGGGCUUGCACAAGAGAACUUUAUGGUGGAUUGUGCCCCAAAUUAUAUUAGACAGAUUAUCUCAAGCAGAAUGAAAAUCUCUUUUUUCUUUUCUCUUUUACAUUGUGUCCUUGCAAAAGGAGGAUUUUAAAUAGCUUGCUUUGUGCAGAAAUUGAAAAAUAGUAACUAGCUAGUUACCAUAUUGAAGCCUUUCAUUUUCAUAAUCAUCUGCUAAAACUUUUGUUCAUCUGACCAGAGAUAAUUCAGGAUCCUGUUAAGCUACAAAACUAGAAAAGUAGUUCUGUUAUCAUCGGCUUUUCUUCAGAUAUUUUUGCUCAUAAUAGGGCAAGACUGAAGCUGAAGUUAUUGCUAACAAUACCAUCUACUUCUCAAUGCAAUGCAAGGAGGAUAGGUACAGGAGAAAGUCACCUCUCUCCCUAAUCUGUGUGGCCAGAGGGGAAAGAUUAAAUUCCUGCAUAGGAUAUCAGCUGCCUUUUGACAGCUACAUCUUUUAACUUCUUAAAAGAAAGAUCACAGGUAGAGAUGUAAGAAGGCAUUGUUUUAUAUUCCGCAGUAUAUUCACUUGCAGAACUGUUUCCAUUCUGCUGCAAUUCAUCUUCACCCAAAACCAUGUUAUUUAUUUUGCUGUCUACUGCAAUGAAAUUACAUAAUUUACAUGAUUACAUAAAUUAAGUUGUUGUAGCAUUAUUCCAUCCCAUUAAUUUCAGUGCAAAGGAAAUGUAAUAGAAAUGGGAGGUGGGGGUGGAACUGUUUGUGGAUUGAGAGCAACAUCAACAGUGAAUACUUAAUUUCACUGGAUAGAUUUCUAUUCUGGACAUGGGAAAAAUCAACAAAAAUGGCCAUUUCCAUUUCCAUUGGAAUUCUCCAACAUGCCUAGUCGCAGGAUCACUGCAAGCUCUGCUGAUUUUAGCUCUGAAGACCAUUGACAUCACUCAUAAACCAAACUCCUUAAUCUUACAGAAGGCAGCAAACCACCCUAGAUUUAUUUAUAUAUAUUUUUCCCCAGAUCCGAGGCAGGAAAAGGGUGCUUAGGGACCCUGUUUCCUUUCAGUUUAACUUGCCUAGGGGCUGCUUUAAUAGCUUCCAGGCAGUUAGGACUGGUUCUGUUUCCACUUCAAGGACACCACAAUACUCUGUGUGCCAUUCUGGACGUUAUGACUUAUGAGAUGCAUUGGAUCUUAGACAAGUGUAAGAUGUUUGCCACCUGUAGUGGAAAAUCCAAAUGGUGUCUCUCACAUUAAAAUGGGUCAGAGUAGAGUUGUGUGGUGUGCUGUUAUGUAGAUCCCAUGUGUUUCAGUUGUGUUUGUGUAGGGAGACUUGUGUCUUGGGCCCCCUUUAGUCAGAUCUGCCUUUCUCCUCCUUGCCAUUCUCGGUGGCACCCAAAGGCUGCCUUGAUAUAUGGGAGCCAAACAAGGAAUCCUCCAUUAUGAAGUUGUCUUGAGUGCUAAGCAUUAAAAAAAGGAACUCAUUGUUGCAUUAUGUCCCACCAACUUUUCACACACAGCAAUCGCCUCUCUCCUCGGAUACACUGUACUGGGGGUUCUCCUGGCCCCUUCGCCCCGCCAAUUUUGGGAGAGCCCUCUUGUGCAGAUGGGCAUCCUUUCACAGGGCUUCCUCUGAUGGGGUGCGUCAGGUAAAUCCCACUAAAAGAGUUUGUGGACACCAGACCCAUCUCCCCCCCCAACACAAAUCUUCUUUGACGAAAAGGUGUUUAUAGAGUAGUUUGGAUGGAUUCAGUACACUUCUGAGUUCUUCCCUAACAUCAGACAUAAAUAAUAUUGUAUGUAUAUUAAUAAGCUUUUUAAUUUAGAUUCUAGGAUCAGUAUUAAUAUGGGUGGGUUGAGGAGGAAAGGGACAAGAAAAGAAAUCGAGAUUCUUGGUGAACCUUCUCUCCCCUUCGCCAGUCCCAGAUAUCAUGAUAACGGCUGCAAUCCUAUACACAUCUACCUGGAAAUAAGUCUCAUUGAACUCAAUGGUACUUAACUUCAGAGUAGAUCUGUAUUGAAUUGCACUGCAAGGGAGAUUCCGGGAUGUGAGGGAAAGUACUAGAUCACAACAAAAGAUGGAUUUUGUGCAAUAUCUUUGCUUGCUUUUAUUGUGUGUAUAUGUGUUUUUAAAAGAAUUUAUUUUGACAACUAAAAACAUCUGCUUUCCCAGUAGAUCUUUGAGAUUAAUUUUUCUGGGGUGUUCGUUUUGCUUUGCUUUGUUUCAGGAUCGUGUAGAGUUACAUGUAGCAUUUAAUUACAGUUGUCUUGUGGAUGAAAGUACUGUACAUUGUCAGUAGACAAAUGGUAUUUCUGUUGACUGAAGAUAACUAGGGACGCCACAUUGUUGUGCUAUAAUGAUAAACAGAAGUGUUGCCAAUUGCAUAGUAGACAACAAACUCACAGCUAAUGGCGUCUAUAUUCCACACAGUACUUUGUAAGUACACAGCAGGGUAGUUUUUGUGUUUAAUUCACCUGGAAAUUCUGCUGCUUACUUCCUCUGUCCUUUGAGCAAGCAAAAUAAUGUUUGUUCCAUACGAUGGAUGGUAGGUGGCAACUUAUGGUAGACAUUUGCAGCUUCAUAAUCCAGCAUGUGGCAUCCUUAAUUGAUAUAAAUGAUUGCUCAGAUCAAUAGAUGUUGCAAGUAUCUUUUAAAUUGUUUGUUAAUGAUGUUAAUCCAUGUAUUUGAUGUACAUUUUCUUCUCAUGGCCAAGCGUUUUAUCAGGAGCUAUUUUAAAUUAACUUACUUGAAUGAGUUAACUGAAGCACUGUGUAAUUUAUCUAGCUCUAGACGCAACUUACAAACAAGGUUUGUGGUAAAUUUCUUUUUCUGUACAUACCCAUGCUACCCAUGAAGCUAUUUCAUGGAGGUAGUGAAAAUCUAGCAUAUUUCAAUUUAUGUUUCAGAGAAGAGAGGGGGAAAUGUCUCUUUUUGUGAACAGAAGAACCUACCUUUGUAACGGGCCUUAUCUUUAAACAGUUUCAUAGCUGCCUUUUACCCAGUUUUGAAGAAAUCAUUUGAUACAGGCAUUGUGGGAUAAAUAAUCGUUUGCAUGGAAACGCAUUUCUUGAUCUCUUCUGACAAUGCAAAGCUAUGUAAAUGAAUCGAAACUGUGUUACAAAUAAAGCCAACAAGGGUUGUUCCUUUUUUAAAAAAAACAAACCAAUUAGGGCUUCGAUCUGUAGUGUUGCACACCUUAGCUUAGAUAACAGGAGAUUUUCCUCUAGAGCACCAGUUUCAGCUGAAGGCACGAGGACCCACAGGUGGGACAUAUGCUUAUGAAAGCAGUGUCAUGCCAGCACCAUUUAAAACAGUAAUUUGAGAGAGAGAAGGAGACCAUGUAAAGGAGUAUGAAGCUCCUUGAACAUUAAUGAAGCUGUGAAGAGGAGAAAUUCAGCACAUGCAGCUUCUCAGUUCUCCUUUCCCUUGCUUGACCAGCUGCAUCUGCCAACAUCUCUUUUGCACAGGAGUCGUAUCCUCCUUGCACUUCAAGGAGACGAAUGGAGAGAAGAUGGGGAGGGGAGGACCCUGGCUCAAAGGUAGGACCAUCUCUAGGGAUGGUUGGCAAGGCUCCUUUCUUGGAACCCAGGAGAACACACUGCCAGUCAGUCUACUGAACUAGUGGAAUCAACGGCCUAAUUCAGCUUGGGGAAGCUUCUUGCAUUCCUAUGAACAUAUAGCAGUUGCAGGGGAUUAAAAGCCAGUCCCUCAUUUUAGGUUGGGAUUAGGGAUGGGUCCUGGGCCUGAAAGUGUUGGGACUACUGCCCUAGAGUCUAAAGACUGUGGAACUCAAACUCCUGUCAGUAGCUCCUCUAUAUGCACUUUAAAUUGACCGUUUUUGCUAAUGUUGGUACAAAGUAUUUGGUAAACACGUUGCCAUAAAGUGCCCCACGGUGUAAUAUAAAAUAAAAAUUACUGAACUCAGAAAUACA